GAAAUACGAUUUUUAUCCCGAGGAGAAAUUUCUUUCUUUAUUCGGGACACUUCUGUCGUUCCAGAAACACGUUACUACCUCGAAUGCAAGGAUGCAUUAUUCCAUUUAGGCUGAUGUAUAAAAAAUGCACUUUCAGGUUCAGAAUCUUAAAAGGAGAACUGUUCGGCUACUCAUUCGCCUAGUAUCGUGCGUGCUGUUCUGAGGAUCGCAACUGUGCAUCCCAAGCAGAAGAGAGAAAUACGAAUUAUGUGCUAGUAAUGUGUAAAGAAAAACCGCCUGUGAGACAGAAGCAGGAGCGAGAAACACGCUAAAGAAAGAAAAUUCAGCACAUGAGCAGCGCUCUUUAGUUCCUACAAGCUGUACGGAGAAAGCCGAGAGCGUCAAUGAAGCUUUGUGAUAGUCACCGAAGUUUUACGCACAUCUGUCCAGGUGGAAUAAAAGGCGAUUCGGCCGAUAAAAUUUUAAAACUUCACUGGUGAGGUUAUUAACUGAUCUGCGACAAAGUGCAGAGACUAGUCAGAAAGAGGGUGACUCAUCUGUCAAAUGCGAGUGUAUAUUAAUUACCAUUUGAAGAGGGAAUGCUCCCUGUUUGCUCCUCCUGGUUGCUAUGGCUUUUUAGUGUCAACGCUUUCAUGAAUAAAAAUCACAUCCUCUCGCUGUUGCCAGUGUGCGGAGAGCCGUCUGCAGAGCCAGCGGCAGCCUGUUGAUCGAAUCAUCAAUAAAGAAGACUGGAUCGUUUCAGAAGCCCAUACAUACGUGUAUACUGAGAAACCCUGUCAGUCAAAAGCUGGGGUGAAAGGUAGCUAGGACUGCAGACACUUUGUGGAGUUUGGAGGAACAAUUCGCAACUUAAUUUGAGCCGAGUGAGUACAAAACCCCACGAUCUUCAAAGUUACUAAAAGCGACAGGUAAUUAGGAAGGUCGUGGAAGUGAACUGCUGAAUAGCUGUGGGAGGCGGCGUGUUGUUUCCCCUGUUCAGUAUCAACAAAAGGGAGUAAUCCUUAGCAGAAUAAACGUGAAAACUGUGCGUCUUCUUCUGCAAGAGAAACACCUGCGAGAAUCAACUACUAGCAUUAUGAAUUCAGGUGACCAAAUUCACCAGGCAUAUCACAGAGGUUAAUUCAUACAGAGCUGGAUGCAUUAGUUUCACUAUCCUUAUGAAUCCUGGAUGACCAGUUCAUAUUGUCAUCACUUUUGCUUGAUUCAGAGAGUAGAAUAUUGCAUCUGGGAGCAAAGUCCAGUGAUAUGACAAUUUCAGACCAAGAUGACACUUCUGACAGGUGAAGGAUCUGAUUAUGAUUACAGAUCCCUAAGUUGCACCUCAGACAAUUCCAUUAAUCAAAUCCCCUUUCAUGAGAGUGAAACUGUCAAAGGUGUAUUUUACCAAAGAGCCCACCUCAUUCCAUCUAGCAAAGACCUCUAUGGUAGUGCACAUCCUGGAGAUCGGAAACAUCAUGCUAUAAUCAAUGUCGGAGGGAUUAGAUACCUGCUUCCUUGGACCACAUUAGACGACUUCCCUCUCUCUCGACUGGGACAGCUAAAAUUCUGCACCAACUUUGAUGAGAUCAUGAGCCUCUGUGAUGACUAUGAUGUGACUUGCAAUGAAUUCUUCUUUGAUCGCAACCCUGGAGCUUUUAGGACCAUUAUGACCUUUCUAAGAGUUGGAAAGCUAAGAAUGUUAAGGGAAAUGUGUGCACUGUCUUUCCAAGAGGAGCUGUUGUACUGGGGUAUUGAAGAAAGCAACAUUGAGAGGUGCUGCAAAAAGAAAUACUUACAGAAGAUUGAAGAGUUUGAUGAAAUUAACCAUAAGGAGGAAUUACUAGAGGGUGACAAGCCAUACGAGACACCUGCAGAGACAAGAUUUGGAAUUUGCAUGGGAAAGCUUCGUGACAUGGUAGAAAGACCACAGUCCGGUCUUCCUGGAAAAAUAUUUGCCUGCCUAUCUGUGCUGUUUGUUACUAUCACUGCAGUGAAUCUUUCAAUAAGCACAAUGCCUGGUCUGAGGGAAGAAGAAGAAAGCGGGAAGUGCUCACAGAUGUGCUACAAUGUUUUCAUAGUGGAGACCGUCUGUGUGGCGUGGUUCUCCCUUGAGUUCACGCUGCGAUUUAUCCAAGCACGUAGCAAAUUUAACUUUCUGAGGACACCCCUAAACCUAAUUGACAUUGUGGCCAUUUUACCUUAUUAUAUCACAUUGCUGGUAGAUAACAGCUCAACAGGCAAUAGGAAACUUGGAUCUGGCAAUAGCUAUUUGGACAAAGUUGGUCUUGUACUUCGAAUUCUCCGUGCCUUGCGAAUACUCUAUGUGAUGCGCCUUGCCCGACAUUCUCUGGGUUUGCAGACACUUGGGCUUACGGCAAGACGGUGCACCCGAGAGUUUGGCCUUCUACUGCUCUUCCUCUGUGUUGCCAUAGCUCUAUUUUCACCCCUUCUGUACCUCAUUGAGAAUGAAAUGUCUGGAUCUCAAGACUUUACCAGCAUUCCUGCAUGCUACUGGUGGGCAGUGAUCACCAUGACAACAGUGGGAUAUGGAGAUAUGGUUCCUCGAAGUAUUCCUGGCCAAGUAGUUGCACUAAGUAGCAUCUUGAGUGGCAUCCUGCUGAUGGCAUUCCCUGUGACUUCCAUAUUCCAUACUUUCUCAAGAUCAUAUAUUGAGCUGAAGCAAAAACAACAAAGGGUCCUCCAUCAGUCAUCCAAGUUCCUUACUAAAAGUAGCUCCCAACUCAGCAAUGUUUCCCUGGAAAGUGACAUUUUGUUCUCAUCAGACUUAAGGGACAAAGACUAAAUGGAAUGCUGUAUUUCAGGCUGUAUAAUGUGAUGUGAAGUUAUUACUGCCUUUAAUGAAUGUCAGUUUUCUGGCUUCUUGUUUAACUUGAAAUUCACAUCAUGAAAAAUUCUAUAGUAUUGUCUUAAUUGAAAAUGGACCCAUGGUGGGAGUCUUUACAGUGUUGUCUGUGUAAUCUUCAGCACAAAAAUCCACUUUUUCUAAUGGCAUUUUGAAUUUCUGAUUAUUUGUUAAGAUUUUCACAUGUACUCAGUCUUAUGACCUCAGCUUCAAACAGGUUUGGAGGGUUCAGAAAUAAAGUCAAAUACGUUUCACCAGGAUUCCCUAGAUAUGGUAUGUGUCUCUAAAUAUAGUGUGUGGAGAUCCCUUCAACAAAUAUAUAAGCUAUUGAUAAUGAAUGUUUAGCAUAUUCCUCUUCUUAUUAUUAUAACAAUGUGCAAGAAUACAGUUAAAUGAAUGCAUUAGUGUGUCUAAGACAGAAAUGUAGAAUUACAUAAAGAUAGAAUCAUUCAUUGUCUGACAAUUGUUAUUGUUGCAUUUAAGAUUGGAAUGGAUAUGACCGUCUUUAGAUCACAAAAUAAUAGAAUCUGGAAGUGUUGUCUGGUGGUGAUAAAAGAAAUCCUAAAAAUAUUUUAAUGUUUUGUCGAGUCAUUUUUGAAAACAUUGCAUACAGGAAAUAGUCUAAUCUGCGCCAAUCAAUCAGAUUACACACAAGCCUUGGAAACUAGAAAUUUGAAUCCUAAUAAUUACUGUUUUCAAUGCUGCUGCUUCCUCCCAUUUUAGGCCAGUAGCAGGGUCUAGCUUACAGUAUAUGUUCUCCUGUUCAUGAUUCACAAGUCUCCAUUAGUCAGGUUCACUUUGAGAACAUGCAGACUUCACGCAGGGAGGACCCAGGAAGUGAACCCGGGUCUCCUAACUGCGAAGCAGCAGUGCUACCCACUGUGCCACCGCGCCUCCCUGAACUGGAAACAAAAUAUGUAAUAUAUUUAUUGGCUUUUUUUGGGCAAGACAAGCAGAUGAAUGAGCAGAGUUUAAACCUAUUAUUUUAUGCACCUUUAUUCCCUGUUUGAUGUCCAUCCAUCCAUUUUCUAACCCGCUGAAUCCGAAUACAGGGUCACGGGGGUCUGCUGGAGCCAAUCCCA